AGCAACUUCCAUACAUUCACCCAUCACCAGCAACACAAAGAAAGUCACCACUACCAAAGUGUGGAAACAUCAAACAAAUAAACUUAGCGCUAGGAUACAACACGUGCUUUAUGCCAGCGGAAGGAUACUGUUCUUGUAUCAGUCAUUGUGGUGCCAUUGAUGCAAUAAAAACGUUGCCAUAGACCGGACGGACACGUUUCGCCACGAAUGGUCGCAAUGUUACGUGAACGACAGACAAGAGAUUUUGAACUUUGGCAGUAGUUUAACCUAAAAACUGAGAGACAGAGAGUUGAGACUCAACAACGAAUGGUGAUACUAGCACUGGCGUUCAGUCAGUCACUCACUCGCUAGCUGGCUGGAGGUGAAUUUGGGCUAUAUCCUUCCUCUUGCGUGUUGUGUCAUUGCUGGCUUACUUUUUUUUUUGGCAAUUUCGGAAGAAGGACUCUUUUGUGCUCUCGUUUGAAAUUCAAUCGUUCGACACAUUUAUUGCUCUCUUCGAUGGAUGUGAAUGUGUUUGGUGCUGCUGAGUAGGAUUUCGAAGGAAACUGGCGCUGUCGUAAAUUUGUGUUUUCUUGGCACCGUUCAAUGCGGCCAGAGCUUUGUACGAAAGUGCGUGAAUGUGUGAAGUUUAGUUUUCAGUUUACGCUAAACGAGUUAACACGUGUUUGCCCCCCAAAAAAAAAAACCAAGUAGAGGAAGAAAACAGGAAUAAGGAACCGAAGUCAUAUCUUAGAUGGGAAAUUAUUUGAAAUAACAAAAAAAAAAAAUUAUAUCAAAAAAAAGUGGAAAUGAAUAAAUUAUGGAAAAAAAGUUUAAAUAAUCAUUAGAAAAAAAAUAAAACUUACAAAAAAAUAAAUCCAUGAAUAUCAUCAAAGGUUAUUAAACAGCUAUUUACAUUCAACUACGACUUUGUAACGUAAAACAUAAAUGCCAGAGAUUAUUUAUAGUUUAAAUGUGCGUGUGUGCUAGUGUGUGUGUGCUUUGUGUAUUAAUGUGUUAGUGUGGCGCGUGUUCAAAAUCUAAAACAGCAUAAAUAAGUUAUUUCAUCGAGAAAAAAGAAACAACAAACAAAUAACUUCAUAAAAAGUCCAUAAAAAUAUUUAUUACCUUGGAUAGCUUUAUCCUGCACACACAAGGAAGGAUAUUCGUACGUUUGUGGGUAUUAAAAAAAAAAAAACAAAAAAAGUAGAAAAAAUUCCUAAUAUUACCAAAGAGGAGCCAAAAGGCAAAUGCCGCCAUCCACAGGAUAUUUUGAAAACAGAAUAGAUUCCUUUCGAUUGUGACCAUAAAACCAAAGUGCAAGUUCUAAAAAAGUCACGAAAUAAAAGUGCAGCCAUAAAAAAUGGAAUCCUAAACUAUUGGAAAAAAAAAAACGACAAAAAAAACUUGGAGUAAAAUCAUUUCAAUAGAACAUUACAGCAAUCGAAACUAAUAUUAAAAAAAAAACAACUAUAAUUGACUAUCAUUUGGCAGACAAAGGAUGCUGCUUUCGAUAGAUGCAUUUUAUGAUCGGAAAUAAAAAUAAAAAUGCAUAACUGUGCAUCGUGUUUUGUAGAACUGCAAUAAAUUUAGACAUUGUAUGACAGCGAAUGAACUAUAUUCAGUUUGAGUGCAAAACUUUUUACUCUAAUUGAGUGGAUUACAACAAAUUUUCCUUGAUUCCAGUUUUUUGUUUUUUGGAUAUUGGAUGCCGUCAUAAAUUGUUAAGGACAUCGUCGUCGUCCUCGUCAUAAUGUUACUUAAAAGUCCUGCGACUUGGACUUUCUUACAACUCAACAAAAAGUCAAACAUCAGCAACAGCAGCAGCAGAAGUAACAACAGCAGUAGUCACAACAUCAUCGCCAUCAUUAGUGGAACCAAAAUGUCUACAUUUCGAUGUUUAUGGCUGAUUUUUCUGUUUAUGUUUUCAACAAUCCACACCACCUCCAUUUAUGCCAAAGAGCUAAAUGCUAGCACAGCAUUUGAUGAUACCUGGACCACCGCCACAGAUUUGGAAAAUGAGUUGCAGCAAAAGAGAUCUGUGAACAUGUAUCCGCCAUCGGCGAGUGACCUACUGAAUCGUAUGACCAUUUAUGGCGGCUGGUCCGCCUGGUCGGAAUGGUCAAUGUGUUCGCGUCCCUGCAAUGGUGGCGUAAUGCAACAAACACGUCGUUGUGUGAGCCCAAACGGUUGCAAUGGCGAGCGAAUGCGUUAUCGCAUUUGUAAUACUCAGUCAUGCCGGGAAAAAAUCGAUUUUCGUGAAAAACAUUGUACCGCACUGGAUAUGGUGCCAUAUGCUGGGAAAUUAUACAAAUGGAUACCGGAGUAUGAUGCCAAGGAGCCAUGUAUUUUGGCUUGUAGAGGUCAUCUAAUUGAUAGCGAACGUUCACACAAACCAUCUGGAAGUGAUGGCGAUGACCAGAGCGUAUUGGUGCCAAUGAGCCUCCAUGUUAUGGAUGGUGAACGCUGCCGACCUCCCUCGCUGGAUAUGUGUGUGCAGGGGAAAUGCCAGCGCGUUGGCUGUGACUUGAAAAUUGGCUCGACAAAAAAGCUUGACAUUUGCGGCAUUUGUGGCGGCAACGGCAGCUCCUGUUCGCCAACGCUUUACCAAUGGGAACUGGUACCGGUGUCCUUGUGCACUGUCUCCUGUGGUGGUGGCUAUAAAAUGCCACGUAUUGUGUGCCGCAGUCGUAUGACUGGCUCCGAAGUGGAUGAUACCCUUUGCAAUGCAGCUAAUCGUCCCGAACCGUCAGUGGAAUUGUGCAACACACACACCUGUCCGCCCCGAUGGAUUGCGGACAACUGGAGUACUUGUGACCGGUCAUGCGGCCCAGGAAUGCGUUCCCGUAUGGUAGUUUGUGCCGAAGAAAACAAUGGCAUAAAAACUAGAGUUGCAGACAUGUUAUGCCCCAAACCAAAGCCGCCCAUGCAAGAGCAAUGUAUUAUUACCGAAUGUCCUAAAUGGAAAGUGGAAAAGUGGUCAACGUGCUCCGAAUCCUGUGGCGAAGGAAUACAGAUACGUAAUGUUGAGUGUAGUGCUGCUGACGGAGGUCUGAGUGACAAAUGCGAUCCCCUAACAAAACCGGCCAGUGUACAAAGCUGCACAACAGGACUGCGUUGUGAAUCGGAUUCAGUGUUGAAUUCUAGGGUCUCUUUAAAAAUGGACCAUAAAUUGCUAAAUGCCCACGAUGAUGAUAAUCUAGCUGAUGAUGACGAUGAUGUGGUCGACGAUGAUUCGGAUAUCGAUGAUUAUGCCGAUGAUACAUUCUUUGGCAAUCAACCCGUCUAUUUGCAUCAUCGCAUGAGCCGGUUUCAUCACGAAGAGCCUGAUGGGCCACAAAUGAUGCGCUUACAAUCCUCUGGACGUUAUAAUUCCGACGAAGCAAUGCCAUCCGAACCGACUUACAUGAAAGACCCCGACUGGUCACCCUGCAGUGUCACCUGUGGCGUGGGAAUACGUCGGCGCACCUAUAAAUGCAAAAUUUUCUUGCAAUUUUCCCGGACAUUGGCCACCAUUAACGACACGAUGUGUGAGGGCAAGAAACCCCACGAUGAGGUCGAGCGUUGUGUAGAAGAACCCUGUGUUAUGCCUUCGCAUGGUUAUGAGGAACCAUAUCAUCGUGAUUCGAUUAAAGUGGGUGUCUCGGAGCCGGGAAAGACCUAUGUGUGGCGUGAGCAGGGUUAUACCUCGUGCAGUGGCAGUUGUUUGGGUGGUGUUGAGGAACUCAUCAUUAAUUGUGUGCGUGAGGAUAAUGGACGAGUGGUAUCGCCAUUUUUGUGUUCUCCAGAAACAAAGCCGGAGGCACGAAUACGAACAUGUAACGAUCGUCCUUGCCCGCCUCGAUGGAAUUAUACCGAAUUUACACCUUGCUCGAAAACUUGUGGCAUAGGCAUAAAAACACGAGAGGUCCAGUGUGUUCAUGAGGUAACGCGAGGUGGCGAUAAUGCCAUGGUGGUGCCGAACAGUAUGUGUCCUCAACCCCCACCAGCAGAUCGUCAAUACUGCAAUGUCCUUGAUUGCCCUGUGCGCUGGGAGGUAGGCGAGUGGUCCAAAUGUUCCCACACCUGUGGCUAUGGCAUCAAGGAACGUAAGGUCGAGUGUAAACAGGUUAUGGCCCAGGAACAUAAAUUGGAAAGACCGGAGAUAAUGUGUGCCAGUGGCAAGCCACCGGAAAAGAAGCCAUGCAACAUAAGACCUUGUCCGGCUGAAGAACCCAAACCGGUUAUUGAGAUAAGCAAUACAACGCAUAUACAACAUGAUCCCAGGAAAACGAAAGUUACACUGAAUAUUGGAGGAGCGGCUGUGGUAUUUUUUGGCACCCAGGUGAAAAUAAAAUGUCAUGUCAAAGGUUAUGAUCGAGCGAAAAUUAAAUGGAACAAAGAUGGUAAACCGCUGGAGAAGAGUAAAAAGUUUAGAGUGUCCAAAAAGGGAGCUUUGCAUAUCUUGAAUAUAACAUUCCGCGAUGCGGGGGUGUAUUCGUGUGAGGCGGGACCAUCAAGUGCGGACAUAACGGUGGAUGUUAAGGCUAAACCUGGACAACGGCAGGAGGAUUUGGAGCAGCAACAAGAAAAUAUGCUUCCGGAAGGUAGUGGAGAUGAUUCAAUGGAGGCUGCUGAAAUAAUGGCACCAACGAAUAGUACACAAACCACACGUCACAAACAGCAACAGAGCUAUGCCCGAGAACGCAAUCAACGUCCCAAGAACGAUGGCAAACAACAACCGAAUGUGGACGGCAGCCUUACAGGCGAUGAGCAUUCCCACUUAAUUCAACAGGCCCAGGAUGGCGAACUGUCACAGUCAAACGGCAGCAGCAGCAGCAGUAGCAGUGGUAGCAGCAGUCCCCACACCAAGGUUUGGCUAUUACUGCCGUUCCUUAAUGGCCUGGCGAGCAACCUACUGCAGUAUUUUUCAAAUUUGAUGACAUUUCCAAUGUCAUUCCCCAGGACAUAUUCAUCAAUUUUUCCAACAUUGUCUCACACAAUGAAACAUUUACUCAGAAAUUUGUAGCUGACAUUAACAGCCCAAAUAAGAGACGUUCAAAUUGCUGCGGUAACGAGGGUAGCAGCAGGGUUCGCAGAAAUGUCUAGCCGCUGGUUCAGGCUUUAGACUAAUGCUCCUUUUUAACGAAUGUAUUUGCCAAACAAAAACAAUCUAAAGAAGAAGCUGCAAAUGGAAUGACAAUUAACAAACAAAACGAUAAUUGUAUCUUGGAUUGGUUCUGAACAAAAUCAAUACAAGAUGACCAUCAAAACCGUAAAUGGUGCCACAGCUGUAAGCUGUUGGGAUGGUUACACCGAGUGUAAAGUCCUGAACAGAGCCCCCAAUAAUGUUCUUUGUUAUCACCCUGGGGAUUUGAGCAUCGUGUCCUGUAGAGUAUGGUUUGGUAUGUCAUUAAAACAACAACAAAAACAAGUUAAAUAAAAAAUCCACACCAUUGGUUUGCCACAAUUCUCGCCGCAGCGAGUGCCGAAAAAAUAAAAAAAAUAAAAUUUCUUUUGUAUUUUUGAACAGCAUUCGAUAUUUUUCGGUUUUCUAAUUCCAAAAUAAGACUAGAUUUGUAUUGAUCCCAAAGUGCCUUUAAAUGAAAUAAAUAUUGUUGACCUCUAAAAUCAAUGUAAAAAAAACACUAAAUGAAACAGAUGUAGAAGAUGAAAACGACGAUGACGACGACGAGGAGGAGGAGGAAGACAUAGAAAAGAGAAGCCGACGAAGCAGAAUCAGCUUAGGAUAUGGAAAUAAUAAUGUAAUAUGACAAAGUAUUAUUACUAUUAUUAUUAUGAAAACAUAAAUUUAGUAUAAUUAAUUAAUUAAAUUACAUAAUUUUUUUGUAUAAUUUGUUGCCUAACUACAUAAUUGCUAAAACAUAACAAUGAAACAUGGUACAUAUGCAUUAAUUCUAAGAUAAUGAACAAGUUUUCCAAAACAAAACAAAAACAAAAAACAACAAAUUUCAUUUAGAAAAUAAUUUUUCUAAUUUUGUCUAAAAAUAUGAAAAUAAAAAUAAUUACAAUUAAAUAAUAAUUA